AAGUGAAGUGAAGUGUGUGAUCGUUCAUAAAAGACUUGGAGAAAAAUACUUCGAGAGAAUACUAAAGAGAAAAAAAGACGAAACUAUAUAGGAAACACCUACAGGUAAUAUUUGGAAGAAAAACAUAAAGGAAAUGCUCUGAAGAAUUUAUUAUUAUGAUAAGCAAAAUAAGCUCGCAUUUAUUCCUCAAUUUUAGCCUGUUUCAGGCAACUUUAUCUACAAUCCCACUUAUUUCGCAACUCAACAGCUGUGGUGCGGUAUUAGCAAUGCUGAAAGCUUAGACUAGAACAGCUGAUUAUGAUUUACAAUUUGCAUUGGCUUACAUUUAUGGUUACAUAGCAAUCAGCUGUUCACAAUUUGUAUAUAUAUUGUCAUUGCAAAAAACUCGAACAGCUGAUUAUGCUUCAGAAUUUAAUCGGCUUGUGCAACAGCUGAUUGUGUUUCUAAAAUAAGUAAAUAGGUAGUUAGCAUUUGUUAGUUUCACAGAUGUCUCGUGAUUGCACAUUCCUAGUCGUUGGCGGCGGCAUUGCCGGCGUCUCUUGUGCCGAAGCCUUAACCAUUUGUUGUCCAGAUGAAACGAUUCUGUUGCUGACCGAAUCGAGCGUGGUGAAGAGCGUGACUAAUCUAGUUCCCGUUGCACGUUAUAUGCACAAAUUCGAUGUACGGGAGCAGAAUGUGAGUGAUUUGCGCGCCGGCAUUGGAACCAUUGUGGAUCAGCUGGCAUAUGUCCACAGCGGCGAGCAUUGGGUGCGCACCAGGACAGGGCUGAUCAUCAACUAUCGCUAUCUCUGCCUGUGCACAGGCGGUGCAGCUAAAGUGUUCAGUGCCGGCGAAGAGGAGCUCAACACUCGCAUCAUUGGCAUACGGGACACAGAUUCGGUGCUGGAGUUGCAGCGUCGGCUAGCCAGCGCCAAGGAUGUUCUUAUUUUGGGCAACGGAGGCAUUGCCAGCGAAUUGGCACAUGAGCUGCAGGACGUAAACGUUCACUGGGCUAUCAAGGACGCUCACAUCUCGGCUACCUUUGUGGAUCCCGGCGCAGCAGAGUUCUUUCAGCUGGCCAAGCAAGAGACGAAGCAAACAGCAGCGACAAAGCCCACAACGGCCAUCAAGCGAAUGCGCUAUAGCGAAUUGCUGCCCAGAGCCGAGCAGGAGGAGGAGCAGCAACGAUGUAAACGUGGCGCCGCCUUGGGACCCGACUGGCAUCGCAGCUUCGAUUUAGCUGGAGGCUGCGCAGAUUUAGCCAAACGAGCUAUGCCCAAGAUUUAUUACAAUUCACAGAUAGAGCGCGUGGAGCAGUCUCCAGCUGGGACAGCUUUAUCUGUCACUCUUAAGCACAAUGAUGGCAAAGUGGAGCAUCUCAGCUGUGAUUUCAUUGUCUCCGCAACGGGGGUGCAGCCCAGACACGAAUAUGAGACAGAUAGGCCAUUUCAUUUAGCUGCGGAUGGCGGCAUUAAAGUGGAUGAAAUGAUGCGCACGAAUCUGUCUGAGGUUUAUGCGGCCGGGGAUGUCUGCACGGCUGGGUGGUCAAAUGGCGCGCAUUGGUUCCAGAUGCGUCUGUGGACACAGGCGCGCCAAAUGGGUGCCAUGGCUGGCCGUAGUAUGGCAGCUGUGCACGAAGGCGAAACUGUCUAUCAGGACUUCUGCUUCGAGCUCUUCGGACAUGUGACGCAACUAUUUGGCUUUCCUGUUGUGUUGCUCGGACGCUUCAAUGGCCAGGAUCUGGGUCGCGACUACGAGCUACUGGUGCGCUGCACACGCAACAAGGAGUAUAUUAAAUUCGUGCUGCAACAGGGACGACUACGCGGCGCCAUAUUGAUUGGGGACACGGAUCUGGCUGAGACAUGCGAGAACCUGAUCUUAAACGGCACCGAUCUCACACCCUAUGGCGAUGAUAUACUAAAUCCAGACAUUGACAUUGAAGACUACUUUGAUUAAUUGAACAGUUUUACAAAUAAACUUAAGUUUUAGCUUAA